AGCAAGCAAGUGAGUAAGAGGAGUGUGUAAAAGAGCAACACAGACAUUUACACUUCCCUGUGACCUCAAGGAAGUAAAGGAGGAUCACCCACGAACCUCUUCUCCUGUCAUCUGAAUGAACAAGUGAUAGAGAAGGAGGGAGAGGAAGAGGGAAGAUCUGCACAGCACUCCUGACAUCGUUGACUUUGCUGCUGGAGGAAGACAGAAGGGCAUAGGAACAGUGACAGGGGAGCAUGGUGCUUUUGGAAAGGUGCAGCAACAUGACAGUGUGUGUCCUGAACUGGAGCUCGUAUAUGAAGAGAACGGCUGAGGAUCAUUGCCAUGCCAGUAUCUAGGAAGGUUCAGCAGGCUCAUUGAAGACAUGGCCCAGGCAAAAGGGCCAAGAGAUGGAGUUCUGUUGACCAAUGAGAAUGCACGUCCAGUUACCAGGGAAGGCGUGGCAUGGAAGGGCCCUCGUACAGUGGUCCUGCAGAAGAACUCUCAGGGUUUUGGGUUUACACUGCGGCACUUCAUAGUGUACCCACCAGACUCUGCCCUCCACACCUCUAUGAAGGAUGUAGAAAAUGGCAAUGGAAAAGGGAAUCAUAGGGGCCGCCUGGAGCCAAUGGAUACUAUUUUCGUGAAGAGCGUGAAGGAGACAGGUCCUGCCCACCAGGCUGGACUCUGCACAGGAGACCGACUAGUAAAAGUAAAUGGGGAGAGUAUUCUGGGGAAAACCUACUCUCAGGUUAUAGCACUAAUCCAAAACAGUAAGAGUGUGCUGGAGCUUUCCAUUAUGCCUAAAGAUGAGGAUGUGCUCCAGUUGGUAAGUGCAUACUCUCAUGAUGCUUAUCUGAAAGGGAAUCAACCAUACACAGGAGGGGCUCAAAACCUUCCAGAGCCUCCUCCGAUUUGCUACCCUCGCAGCAAACCCACCUCUUCCGGUAUGCCUGGCAACCUGAACUGCAGGCGUGGGUCAGCUGGUCUCUUAGAUAGCCGCUCCACGGGAGACAGUGGUGGGGGUACAGGCCGCCGAUCAGAUGUCCCAAGCCACCAUGCACUCCGUAACCAGCGUGCUCGCUCCUCAACCAUAGCCAUCAGCCCUCUGGACUUUCACUUUGCUAACCACAAUGCGGCCAUCACUUCAGCCUCCCUGCCCUACCCACGCAAAGGCAGCCUUCCACUGUCGCAGAGUGAGCUGUGUCACCAGGCCCUGGCUAAAUGGUACCACAGCCAGACAACCGAGCGCCCAGGCAUGUCCCACCAUCACCGCAGCAUCUCUCAGGACACACUGCUUUGCCACUAUGGAACAGCCACAGGAGUCAACCAAUACCCUGAUGUAGACUCGUGCUGGAUGGGUAACUGGGGUAUGACUGGGGCCCAACAAUCAAAUCGCUCCUGCUCAGAAAAUUUACUGGCUGCUUAUGCUGAAUAUGAGAAGAGCUGUGGGCGCUCACUCGAGAGAUUGGACAAGGCAGCACACCGUUAUGAGAAGUCGGCUUGUGCCCCACAGAGUGGCCAGCCAGUUAGGAAAGAAGAGCAGCCCUGCUUGAGCAGUCAACGUGCAGUAAUAUGUGCAGAUGUGCCACCCCCUGGUUGGGGAUCCAGCCAUUCCCAAGAGCAGACAGGCUCUCAGUCCUAUCAUUCGGCCCAGCCUAGGUGUUUGCCCACACAGACAGUAGAUGACCAGAUGGUGGGCUAUCGCAGCUAUAGUCCCUCUUUCUGUCGCAAAGCGGGCCACCUCAUGCAGCAGGCUCACUCCUUUAGAGAUCCUUCCUACACUGGUCCUCAACUCAGCUGGACUGCCACACCUAAAACCAGCCCCCCAGAUAGUGCACCUUUUUCAGGCAGAGCUUCGUCCCCUCUGUCCAUGUCUUCCACUGCCGAGACACAAAACUCUUCAAAGGAAAGCUCAGGUAGUGGACCAACAGUGGAGGAGCCUGUUCAAGCACAGAUGCAAGAGGUAGUCCUCAGACAAAAGUCCGCCUCUGGCAAAUGUGCCCCACAUGCAAUGCGCCACCCAAACUAUGCUGUGCCUCUGGAUCUACUCGAACCUCCUGUUGCCUCAGCCCCUGCACGGUCCAAUGGUAACCUGCAGCCCCUGCCUGUGGAGCAGGACUCCCUGGCUUCCAUUCCCUUUAUAGAUGAGCCCACCAGCCCUAGUGUAGACCUGCUUGCCCAGCAUAUUCCUGCCUCCUCUGUGGUAUCCAGCAGCCUGUCCCAGGCACCUACCUUGUCCAGCAGCCCUGUCCCUCCCUCCCUCACCUCCCCUCUCACCCAUCUCCUCGACACAGACUGCAGCACUGUCAAGAAUAGCCGUCGCUCUUCUUACCUGUUGGCCAUCACAACUGAGCGCUCCAAGUCUUGUGAUGAAGGUCUGAACACAUUCAGAGAUGAAGGCCACGUGUUUAUGAGAUUGCCAAAAAGAGUCAAAAGCUUUUUUACAGAGGGUUCCCUCGAGAGUCUGCGAGCAGCAGAGGAAGCCCGUUCCAAGCGCCACUCCACUUCUGAGCUCGGCAACAUCACACUAACGGAUAUCAGAAAAGAGGGCUGGCUGCACUACAAACAGAUCCUUACAGAGAAGGGCAAGAAAGUUGGUGGUGGUAUGCGGCCAUGGAAACGGGUCUUCUCUGUGCUGCGCUCCCAUUCACUCUUUCUAUACAAGGACAAGCGUGAGGCAGUGCUCCAUGGAGCUGGGUCAUUGGGUCAAGGUGGUGGUGGCGAGGAUGAGCAGCCCAUCAGUAUCCGUGGAUGCUUGAUUGACAUAGCCUACAGCGAGACGAAGCGGAAACACACACUACGACUCACCACACAGGACUUCUGUGAGUACUUGCUGCAGGCAGAGGACCGCGAUGACAUGUUGAGCUGGAUCCGCAUCAUCCGUGAGAACAGCAAGACUGACAGCGAGGAGCUUGGUUUUUCCAGACAGGCCCUCAUCAAUAAGAAACUAAACGAUUACAGGAAACAAAGCUUAACAGGUACUAAGCCAGACACUUCUCCCAGAGUCCACAGGAUGAUGCAACCGUUUCUCCUCUCAAAGACGGACAGCAGCUCAGCAGUGAACCGAUCCCUAAAGACAGAGAGCAAAGAGGAGAGCAGCCCCCCUAAGGCUACAUGGAGCAUCAACAUUAUGAAAAAAGGAAAGAAAGCAGGGCCUAAGGCCUUUGGGGUUAGACUAGAGGACUGCCUUCCAGGGGCUAAUGAUAAGUUUGUGCCUCUGAUUGUGGAGACCUGCUGCAGCCUGGUGGAAGAGAGGGGUUUGGAAUAUACAGGGAUCUACAGAGUGCCAGGGAACAAUGCCAUGGUGUCCACCCUACAAGACCAACUCAACAAGGGGAUGGAGAUCAACACUACUGAAGAGAGAUGGCAGGACCUGAAUGUAAUCAGCAGUCUCCUUAAGUCUUUCUUUAGGAAGCUUCCAGAACCUCUUUUCACUGAUGACAAAUACAGUGAUUUUAUCUACGCUAAUCGAUUAGAAGACGCUGGAGACCGGUUGAAGACAAUGAGAAAACUGAUUCGUGACUUACCUGAUCAUUGCUACCACACACUUAAAUUUCUGAUCAGCCAUCUUAAGCGAGUGGCUGAGCACUCAGAGAAGAAUAAGAUGGAGCCCAGAAACCUUGCUCUUGUGUUUGGUCCCACGCUUGUGCGUACCUCAGAGGACAAUAUGACGGAAAUGGUCACUCACAUGCCUGACCGCUAUAAGAUUGUGGAGACUCUCAUUUUGCACCAUACCUGGUUCUUCACUGAUGAGCUGAUGGACAAAGAUGAGAAGACCCCUGAAGACCAACGGGAUGAGCAGCCCGUUCCAAAUAUUGACCACCUCCUCUCCAACAUUGGCCGAACAGCACCACUGGGGGACGCCUCAGAUUCCACUAACAGUGAUUCAGCUAAAUCCAAGCAGGGGUCUUCAAUUUCAAAGAAAGAUGUAAGCGCCAAGGAUUUCCUUCCCCUGUCCAUCAUAUCUGCUGUGACCCGGAAGAGAAAGAAGCAUCGGAGUGCCUGCCCUACAGACAGCAGUAGUGAUGAGGACUCCGAGCAUGAGCCGGUGAAAGCUAGCAACUAUGGAGAGCUGAGUGAGAAUGGGGAGAAUGAGAGGGAUGGAGGUCAUGAGGAGAGCAAAAUGGGGUGUGCUGCCCAAAGCACAGAAAGUCAGACGACAGAAGUAAAUGAAAAGGAUGUAGAAGGAAAACGGAUGAUGGAGUCACACGAGGGAAGAGAACAGGAGGUGGGAGGGAGGGAGAGUGGAGGUAACCAGCAAGAGGAUGAUGGUAUAAGAGUGGGCGUCAGUAUGAGGAUGCAGUUAGGGCGAGAGCAACCACAGCGGCCUCGAAGCUUCCUCUACUCCUACCAGAAUACUCCAGGAUCAAGAGUCACAGACCAGGCAGCCAGCUCUCCCUCGUCUCCCUGCUCCAGCGAUGCCCACAGGCUCAGCCAGGUCAACUCCGCAAGCCGUAAGAAGCUGCGUGGGGAGAGGGUGCGCCCUCGCUCUUUAUAUGAGGAACCAGGUCUGGAGCGGGCUGUAGGUCUGGCCCGAGUCAAAGCCUCACUUGUGCGUGGCCAAGAGAGGCUGCGUCAGGCAAUGUCCCCCAGCAGAGAGCCCUCUGUCCAGCAGAGUUGGCUGAGUCAGGUACACGCUAACUUCCUUUCCUCUGCCAACGACUUGUGGAGGUCAGGGACUCAGCGGCAACAUGCUUCCCCGGAGACACGCCGCAGGCGGAGAGAUUGGAGACGUCAUACAGUGGUGGGAAGCAGUGGGGAAGGCUAAACAAAGGCAUCUAAACAGCCUGAAUCCUAAUGCAUUAACACAUUGAAGGGAAAUAAAGCACACUAUUCAAAUAUCAAGUGUGUAGGCAGAAGGUUGAGUUUAAGUAUUAAAAUGAAGGAAAGCUUGGAGAGAAAUGAAUCCAUUUCAGUUAUUAAUUGCAUAUUUGCACCAUGCCGAAAGCAAGUGGUUCAUGGAACAUUUAUGAAAUAAAGGCUGAAGGCCUUUCGGCAUUCUGCACUGGUGCAAUAAAUAACUUGAGCCCUUUCCAACUUCGUUUCCAUCUCAUCUCCAUCACUGGAGGAGGGCACUUCAACGGAUCCUCACUGCACGUCUGCAAGACUUUGCACUGCACCUUAUCAGCAACACCAAACACAAAAUGGCUCCUGACCUCAGGUGCAAGAACAGCAAGCUGUGGAGCAGCCAUAACAAUACAUGCUGCCACUCAUUCAUAAUUCACACACCAUUACAUACAUUGCGAGAAAGGGUCUGGUCUGAUUCACAAAGGUGUCUAGUUCUCCUGCACCCUUUCCCCAAUAAACACAGUCUUCCCUUUUUUUCAGUGAAAAUGACAGUAUUUACACACAAAAUGGGUGUCACAAAAACAGCUGCACUGAAAUACAUCAUAACCUUACCUUCA